AUGUCACAGUUCAAUCAACCAAGCAACAGUGAUAUUGAAAAGGAAAUAAAACCAAAUGAACUUUUCAAACCUCAAAUAAUUGAUAAAGAUUCACAAACUUCAAUAACAUCAAUUAAUACAACUCAUCGUACUUUAAAUUCAAGAACAAUAAAUUUAAUUGCAAUUGGUGGUUCCGUGGGUACUGCAUUAUUUGUUACUAUAUCUGGUGGUCUCUUAAAUGGUGGUCCUGCAAAUUUAUUUAUGGCUUUCACAAUAUGGUCUUCAAUAAUUUUUUGUAUUAUUGCUUCAAUAGGUGAAAUGGUUUGUUAUUUACCUAUCCAUGCACCUUUUAUCCAAAUGGCUGGUCGUUGUGUUGAUGAAGCAUUUGAAGCUAUCGUGGGGAUGAAUUAUUGGUUAAUGACUGGUAUAUUAGUUCCUUUUGAAAUUACUGCAGUUAAUUCAAUGAUUCAUUUUUGGAGAGAUGAUUAUUCACCUGCAAUAACUUUUGUUAUGCAAAUUUUCAUUUAUACAUUAUUAAAUGUAUUUGCUGUUAAAUAUUUUGGUGAAUGUGAAUUUUGGUUAUCAUUGGGGAAAUUAAUUUUAGCUAUUGGGUUAGUAUUUUUCACAUUUAUAACAAUGGUUGGUGGGAAUCCACAAAAUGAUGCAUUUGGAUUUAGAUAUUGGCAAAAUCCAGGUCCAAUGGUUGAAUAUAUAACCACGGGGUCAAUGGGUAGAUUUCAUGGAUUUAUGUCUUCUUUAAGUAUUGCAUGUUUUACAUGUGUUGGACCUGAAUAUCUUUGUAUGGUUGCAGGUGAAGCAGGUCAAGAAACUCGUAAAGUUUUAGCAAAAUCUUUUAAAUCUGUGUUUUAUAGAUUAUUUAUAUUUUAUGUUUUAGGUUCACUUUGUGUUGGUGUUUUAAUUGCUUCAAAUGAUGAAACUUUAGUUCAUUUAGCUGAAACUGGUGGUGGUUCAAAUGGUGCUUUUUCUCCUUAUGUCAUUGCAAUGAAUAAUUUGAACAUUAAAGUCCUUCCACAUAUUGUUAAUGCUUUAUGUGUUACUUCAGCAUUUUCAGCUGGUAAUUCAUAUGUUUAUUGUUGUUCAAGAACUUUAUUUGCUCUUUCAGAAAAUGGAUUUGCACCAAAAUUUUUCCAAUAUUGUACUAAAAAUGGAGUUCCAAUAUUUUGUGUUGGUGUUGCGUUUUGUUUUUCAUUAUUAUCUUUACUACAAUUAAGUACUUCAACAGGUCGUGUAUUAACUUGGAUUGUUAAUGUUAUUACAGGUGCUCAAGUUACAAAUUAUUUUUUGAUGAGUAUUACUUAUUUUGGGUUUUGGAGAGCUUGUAAAGCACAGGGAAUUGAUAAAUCAAAAUUUAGAUUCAAAUCAUGGUUUCAACCUUUUACUGUGUUAUUUGGUAUGUUUAUGACCGCAUGUAUGGUUGGUGCGUUAGGUUACACUUCAUUAAUGCCAGGAAGAUGGGAUAUUGGUAGUUUUUUAACAAGUUAUUUAAUGAUUUUAUUAGAUAUUGUCGUUUAUAUUGGUUAUAAAUUGAUCAAAAGAACUAAAAUGAUCAAUUCUGCUGAAGCUGAUUUAUUUACUGGAUUAGAUGAAGUUGAACAACAUGAAAUGGAAUAUUUAGAACAAAGACAAAAUACAAAAGCUUAUUUAAAUCCAAAUAUUUGGCAAAAAAUUUCAAAUUGGCUUUUUUAA